GUUGCUAUGCUGCUUAGCAAUAGGCAAAGGCGGAGAUGAUUAGUCUCUCCCCAAUUAUCUACUUCUUAUCUUAAUUUUUGGAUUACCACAAUGGAUAUCAAGAUUUUCUUGAUAUUUGUGGUAAUUCUGAACGCCAUGCAGCAAGGCCCUGCUGCUUAUCGGGACCUUAAGUGCGUGGAGCCCGAGCCAGGACAUACCAAAAGAUUGUUGUAUUAUUUCACCUCAAGAGAAAUUGAGCAAGUCUGCCCAACGCAAGUCGAGCUGAUGUGGAGAAUCGGAAAUGAUGUAUUCCGGACGUUUCUGUGUGGUGUUAUAACACUGAUGUUGGUUUACACGUACGUGUGUGCACCGUCGAUUGGAAACCGCGCCAAGAAGAGAUGGACAACCAAUGUUUGCAUGUUCCAAGCAUGGAUAACUCGCCGUUCCCUCUGUCGUUUCUGCGGAACUUCUCCAUGCCAGGCCAAGAGAACAUCCUGGAAGCGCUUCAGACUCCGUAUCAAGAAUGUGACUGAUUUCGAGGAGCGAUCCAAUGCCAUGAGGUUGUUCAGCCUCGGACUGGAGCUGUCCGUCGACCUGACAAAAGAACUUCCCCGGGAUGAGCUGUACUGGGCUAGGAAAUACUGCGAUCAAUUCGAGGAGGACCACAUGGUUCUAUUCCCGCUGUGUAUCCAGCGUCAAAUCAAUGACUGGUACCCAUUGCCUCACUAGAUUUCUUGCAGUUUUUGGCGAAUGUCGAUGAUGGAACCGAAGUGGCCGUGUUGACGUCAUCGAUUGGUCGCAACCACGAUUUAUUUUAUUCCUUUUCUGAUAAAUGAGAAAUAGUGACCUAGAGAUAUUAAUGUUGUUUUCGUUACUUAGGUACAUGUAUGUUUUACCUUGUAAAAUUGUUUAUUUUGUAGAGAGGAACAUUGUACACAGAUGACAAGCCGAUUAUAACUAUUCUAUGUUGGCCAGAUACAAGUAUAUAAUGUUUCGUAAUGUUUCUAUGGUAACCAUUCACACGUGGUAUAAUAAAAUGUCUGAACCU